UUCUCUCCGAGACUUUAUUCUGGUGAUAUCGUGGCAUUUUCUCCUCUCAUUUUCGUAUAGAGAAGCUUGGAAUAAGUGGUGACAAUUUCUAGUACUUUUCAUUCGUCUUUUAUUAAUAACAGCAAUAUUUAAAAUAAUGUGGAUAUUAAUCAAAGCAAGUCGGUAAUCCAAGAACAUCUUGAAGUAAGGUCUUUAUUUAGUUCUUUCGAAAUGUGUUUUGCGCAAUUUGUUCACUUCUGUUUCAUUUAGUAGAACUGAUAGCUGUUUAGUAUUCAUUACGUUUGCAUAUUGAACAAGCUUUUCAUUAGAGAUUUGAUUUUCUAUUUAUUGGAUCUGGUGUUUUUGUUUUCAAAUUAAGAUCUCUAUUAUCUUGCCCAUUUAAUAAUUCUUUCCUGUUCAGUGUAGUAGCUGAAUAAGAAAAUAAUUUAUAUUUCCAAGUUAUCUAAAUACGCAUUUGUUGGAUUCUAAAAAAAAAAAAAUAAUAACAACCAAAUUGUGAAUUUCUUGGAGAAAGAAUAAUUUUUUUUAGAAAAAAUAUAUUUUUUAUUUAAUUUGAUUUCGGUUUGCAUAAAGGCUCUCAAUUAUAAUGAACGAAGAGAAAAGCAAUCAAAUAAAUGAUCAACUUCUUAUUGCCAUCAGCAAUAAUGAUAGGAUUAAAGUUGCAGAACUGUUGAAAGCAGGUGCGGAUGUAAAUAUGGAAAGUACUGUAAAGGAUGGAUCAAUUUCUAAGUACGGAUACAAACCAUACACUCCUCUUAUGUUAGCAGCAGAAGAAGGCUAUUUAGAGAUCGUGAAAGACUUGCUAAGAUCACCAGAUAUAGAUAUCAACAGAAAGAAUUAUUAUGGAAUGGUUGCACUUCAUAUGGCAGCUGUAGAAGGUCAUGUAGAAGUUGUUAAAACAUUGUUGGCUGUAAAAGGCAUUGAUGUAAAUGUUGCUGAUCCCAAGUACGGAUUUUCUCCUUUGAUGUCGGCGUCAAAGAGAAAUCAGGCAGAAGUAGUUAAAAUAUUGCUAGAUACUCCUGGGAUUGAAAUUAACAAGAAAGAUGAGGGUGGAAAAACUGCUCUUCACCAUGCAGCCUCAUCAGGCCAUGAAGAAACUGUUCUAGUACUAUUGAAAGACCGUAGAGUUUCAGUAAACUUAAAAGACAGUGACCAUGAUCAUACUGCCCUGCAUCUGGCAGUAGACUUUCAUCAUGAUGAAGUGGUCAGGGCUUUACUGAAUCAUCCAAAUAUUGAUGUAAAUGUUCAAGAUGAAUAUGGUCAAACUGCUCUCCACACGUCUGCCUAUCAUGGUAAUGUAAAAGUGGUUGAGAUGUUAUUGGAAUUUGGUAUCGAUGUAAAUAAAAAAACGAAAAAUGGAUUCACUGCUAUUUACUGGGCAGGAAAACAGAAAAAGACAGAUGUUGUCAGAAUGAUCACUGAACAUAUACAGCUUGGAAAAAUCUUACGAUCACAUCAGAGAACGAAAAGUAUCCAAGUGACUGAAGAGAGUAUUGGAUAUUAUGAGAUCCUUCCUUUGAAUGAGGAACUACUUCAAGCAUCUAGCAUUGGAGAUUCCGAAAAGAUUAAAUACCUGAUGAAGCAACCAGGUAUCGAUGUGAAUUCAAUGGAUCGAAAUAAAAACACUCCUCUGCAUUUGGCAGCUGAGAAGGGUCAUGCAGAUGUAGUCAAAAUCUUGUUGGAAUCAGAAGACAUCAACGUAAAUGCAAAAAACCUAGACAAGAGUAAACUGGCAUACCCGGUGCAUCCUGGUGAUAAUCCAAAUCGUAAAAAACUUACAACUGGAAAAACUGCACUUUACUUAGCAGCUUCAAAUGGCCAUUUCGAAGUGGUUAAAUUACUGGCGCUUCACAAAGAAACCGAUGUGAAUGCCAAGGAUAAGUACGGCGAGACCUGUCUUUAUUCAGCAGUCAGCAAUGGCUUCAAUGAAAUUGCAAACUUUUUACUGAACCACAUAAAAAUUGAUCCUAAUGUACCAUUCCCAUGUAAUGACCAUUACACAGCUUUGCAUACUGCAAUCGGAAGGGGAAAUAUGGAAAUCAUCAGAGCCCUCUUAAAUCAUCCUGAUAUUGAUUUGAAUAUAAAAGAGAAAUAUGAAGAAUUAACUCCGUUCCACAUGGCUGUUAGAAAUGGUAAAAUACCAGUUGUCGAAAUCAUGCUACAGCAUCCGGGAGUUAAUUUGAACUCUACUGACAAAUACAGAGAUACUCCUCUUUACACCUGCGCUGAAAAUAACAAUGAAAAUAUGGUUGAAUUGUUGUUAGAUGCUGGUGUGAAGGUCCAGGAGAAUGUAUUAAAGAGAUUGACUUCUAAUAAAUAUGGAACCAGCAAAGAUUAUUCUGCUAUGAUUCGAAUGAUUACGGAUUAUAUGGGAGGAAUUAAAAAGAUAGACCCUAAUAGAAUUCUGUCGACGAACGAAGAUCUUCUUGUAGCUGCACAAAAAGGCGAUUUUCUAAAAUUUCAAGAAUUGUUGAAACGUAGUGAUGUCAAUGUGAAUUGCGAGGACGAAAACAAAAACACUUGUUUGCAUUUAGCUGCUGGGAGAGGUCAUGCAGAAAUCGUUAGAGAAUUGCUGAAAAGAUCAGAUAUUGAAGUCAAUGCUAGUAACAGAGAUGAUAGUAAGUAUAUUUACCCAGUUCAUGUUGGGGAUGAUCCAGGUAAGGGCGAAGUUACUUUCGGAAAAACUCCUUUGUUUUGUGCUGUGAUGGGAGGCCACUUGGAAGUGGUGCAACUUCUUGUGAACCAUUAUAAAAUAAAUGUUAAUGCUAAAGAUAAAUACGAUAAAUCCUGCCUUUAUCUGGCUGCAUUGAAAGGUUAUAAGAAUAUCGUUCAGGUGUUACUUCGCCAUCCAAAAAUUGACGUAAAUGCUAAAUAUACCUGCUAUGAUCAUUUCACCCCACUUCACAUUGCAGUAGAAAAAAAUCAGUUGGAAAUUGUGGCAAUUUUGCUAAGUCAUCCAAAUAUUGAUGUCAACAUUAAGGAUAAGUUUUAUGAAUAUACCCCAUUGCAUAUAGCAGCAAGUUAUGGAUAUACAGCUAUUUUGAAACUCCUAAUAUCUCGUCCCAGAAUUAAUGUGAAUUUGAAGGAUAAAGUUGGUCGAACAGCUCUUCAACUGGCAAUGCAAAAUAAACAUGAGAUAUUUGUUCAAGUCUUAUUGAAUAUUCGAAUACCUGCCUGAAAUUAUUGUCAUGAAUAUUAAAAAUCGUUUUUAUAUGAUAUAAUAAUAAUAUAAUAGCUAGUUUUGGCAACAUUUCUUAUAUAUAUUAAUGUCAACAUUUAUUUCUUAUCUGUAUAUUGAAGUGUUUUAAAAUUAUUUAUAGAUUAGAAAAAGAUCUUACACGAGAUAUUCAAGUGAUGUUGAAUAGGAUUCUUUAAAAGUCUUCUGAAUAUCCAGAAUAGGAAAAAAGUUGCAAUAUUCUUUGUAGAGAAAAACAACAAGAAUUAAUAAUAAACUACCCUUAGUAUGCCCUUAAGUAAUUUCGAAAUUGGAAAACAGGUUACCCGUAUCGCUUAUUAUUAAUUUAAUUUGUUAAAAAUGUCUUUUUUAUUAUAUACUAAUAGUAUUCGA